GUAAAAUGUUUUUGUUUACGUUUUGAACCGAGCUUUUCAGUAAAAUUUCGUUUCGUUACAAUUCAAAUAACAUACAAUGCCUCCUAAAAAGGAAUCUAAAGGCGCAGCUAAAAACGUACCAGCCAAAGGAGGAGGAAAGAAAAAUACUGACGAGGCUGCCGGCAAAGAGAAAAAAGGUGGCAAUGCGGUUAAAGUACGACAUAUUCUGUGUGAGAAGCAAGGUAAAAUAUUAGAAGCAUUGGAAAAACUAAAGGAAGGACAGAGUUUUAACGUAGUGGCUACUAACUAUAGCGAAGAUAAGGCUAGGCAAGGAGGUGACCUCGGAUGGCAAAUUCGCGGGUCAAUGGUAGGCGCAUUUCAGGACGCUGCAUUUGCAUUGCCAAUUUCUACGAUAAAUGCUCCCAAAUACACCGAUCCACCUAUAAAAACAAAAUUUGGCUACCAUAUUAUAAUGGUCGAAGGAAAGAAAUAAACGUUAAAUGU